AUGAGUAAUGUUAAACUACAAUAAAAUUGGGAAAAAUUACAAAAAUUAUGUCAAUCAGGUUAAAGACCAUCAUAAAAAAGAAGUACAAGCAAAGAUUAAAGAUCAAUUCCUAAUUUAUAAUCUAGCAGAUAAUUAUAAAGAAGAGCUUCUUAGUAGGAUUUGGUUUAUAAGGUAGUUGAAUGUAGCACUUAAGAUAUUGAAAAUAAGAAUUCUAAGCAAUAAUUGGAUCAAUUAUUUAAUGGAUUGAAUGGAUUGUUGGGAUAUGAAUUAAUAAUGAAGAAAGGAAAAUUAGAUGAAUUGUUAAAGAAACUAAAAUAUUUUCUGUAUUGUGAUAUUUUAGAUUUAAAAUCUCUAUGUUCAAAACUUGGAGAUUAUAUAAUAAAUCCUAAAUUGUGUAAUAAAGUUUUGUAAAUUAAAUUAGAUAAUAUAAUUGUGGCUCCUAAUGAAGAAUAACCAUCAAAAGAAAUAUGUGAUUUAUUAAUUCAAGAAUUAUAGUUAUAAAUAAGUAAGAGGAAAUAAAUCGAGUGGAAUUAUUAAGCAUUAAAAGAGGUAUUUUUAGAUAAUGAAAAAUUAAGAGUAGAAAAUAAGAAAAACAAGAAUAAUAGGAUGAAAUAACAGGUUUGAAAUAGGCUAUUGCUUUGUUAGAACAAUAGAAUUAAACAAUUUAAUAUAAGAUAAGAAAUGAUAAUCUCUAUUAAUAAUAUGAGUAAAUAUAAUUCAUUUAUUUGAUAGAGAAUUAAAAAGAUUUAAUAAAUCUUUAAGUAAUAAAAAUGAUGAUCUCUAUUUUCAAAAUCUCUCUUUAUUAGAGAAACUCUAAUCUGUUUAUAAGUAAGUGGAUGUAUUUUAAACUGAACAAUUAUUAUUCCCUUAUUUAUUUUAGAAGGAAAAAUAUGAUGAUGCCUUAUAAUAAAUAAAAAAGAUUGUUGAUGAUAUUAUUAAUUUAGAUAUUUAGAAGCCAUAAUAAUUCAUUGAUGUGGAUUAUAAAGAAAAAGUGAUCAAUAUGACUCCAAGGCCUAAUUAUGAGCAUUUAAUAUCAAAAUAUAAUACUAAGAGCAUUAAAUAUAUACGUUAGUUACAAUCUACAAAUGAUAUUAUUUAAUAUUUAAUAUAAUAAUUAUAUUAAUGUACAUGAAUAUUAUAAAAUUUUUAGUGAAUUAAUAUGAUUGAUUAUAUUAAUAUAAAUAGAAAUAAUUGAAAGUUUAAAUAGAAUAAUUAAAUUUUUAAAAAAUAUGAAACCACGUUCAAGAGGUUAAAAUGAUAAUGGAAUGCCUAUUAGACCAAUCUAAGACAUAUAUAUAGGGAAUUAUGUAGUUGAAAAGAAAAAAUUAAUUGGUAGAGGGUAGUAUGGAAUAGUUUAUUAAUGUUAUGAUUAAAGAAAUAAAGAAUUAUUAUUAUGUGCCAAAUGUGUAGAUAAAAAAGGAGUGGAAUCUAUUUUAUUGAAAAGAGAAAUAUAGAUUUUGAAUUUACUUAAACCAUUAUAAAGAGAAAAUGAGAAUCUUGUGGAAUUAGUGGAAAUAAUAGAAGAUAGUAAAGAUUAGAAUUUAUAUAUAAUAAUGGAAAAAUGUAAUCAAGGUGAUCUUAAAUGUUAGAUGGAUGCAAAAUAGAAGAAACAAACUUGGUUUACAGUAAAUGAAGCUGUAGAAAUAAUUAAAUAAGUUGUAAAAGGAUAUGAAGCCUUAUUUAAAAAUAAAGUUAUACAUAGAGAUCUUAAACCUGCAAAUAUUCUAAUCUCGAAUGAUAUUUACAAGAUUGCAGAUUUAGGUAUGGGUCGUAUCUUAGAUGAUAUGGUUAAUUUAUAAUUGAUUACUAAAGUUGGUACACCUGCUUAUGCUGCUCCAUAAUUAUUUUUAGAACCUAAAUUUUCCUCUAAAGCAGAUGUUUAUUCUUUAGGUGUUAUAUUUUAUCAAUUAAUUUAUAAUGAUUUACCAAUCAAUGCUAAUUCUUAAGCUUAAUUAAUAGAAAAUUUAAGAAAUUUAUAAACUAAUCCAAUUUAGUGUCCUAAUGAUUCGGCACUUAGAGAAAAUGUUCCUUUAAAUAUUAGAACAUUGAUUGAAUAAAUGCUUUAAUUUGAAGAAUCAGAUAGAACUUCUUGGAUGCAAUUAUUUUCUUGUCCUAUCUUUUCUUUGAACAUCUCAUAACCUAAAAGAUCUAAUCCUAAAAAAAAUACCUUAAUUAAUUAAAAUCUAUCUUUUUAUCAAGAAUUUUAUAGGGUUGAAACAAAACCAGGAUAAUCGAAAAAUGAUAAAAUCUUACAUUUAAUUUAAAUUCUUAUUACUAAAAGUGAUCUAGCAGCUAAAACUUAUAAAUUAUUAUAAGACUCAAAGUAUUUCAAUAUUUUAUUCUAGAUUUGAAAAAACAUAAAACUAAAUUAAAUUUGAUAAUGAUUAAACAGCUGCCUUUUUAGUUUGUCUCUCUGGAUAUAGAUAUAAAACUAUUCUUAAUGCUUUUGGAUUAUUAAUUAAUUAACCAUCCUCCAUUCUUCCUGAAUUUAAAAAUAGGUUUUCAUAAAUUGAUCUCUAAGAAUUCUCGUAAUUAUAAACAGAAACCAAUAAAUUUUUAAAAGAAUACAUCAAUAAAAUAUUAAAUUUAACUAUUCUACAAUUUAGAGUAUUAAAAUUUAACUAAAAUAGGAAGAUGAAUGUGUAUUUUUAAGAAAUUCAAAAAGAUAAGAUAAUUAAGAAUUCAAAUCUUUGAAAACCAUAUUAAAUGAUGAAGAUAAUACUGAUUUCACUAUAUUUUCAAAGUUAUUUAGAAAAAUCUACAUGGGAGCUAUCCAAUAUAUAAAUUGGAAUAAAAAGGAUCCUAAAAAUAAAGAGUAAAAUAUAUUAUUAUAAUAUAUAGAUUAAUUACUUACUUUGACAAAAUGGGAGACAUGGAUUUAUAAUUUGAUAUAGAUAAAUUGUACAAUAUUAAACCAUGCGAGAUUCUAAUCAAAUCAUAAAAAAUAUUAAACUGAAUAGAUA